UCUCAAAAAAUAGAAUGACCAAUGAAUUUAAAUUUAACAUAAUAAACCAACCAAUGCAAAUGACUGCUACAAGCAUUAUGGGAGAUAUGACAACAAACGAUGAAGUUAAAGGAAGGGAACUGAUUGGGGAAACAGUUGGAAAUGAUGAGCAUACACCGACGGCUUAUGAACAUUUUUAUUAUACCCAGCAACAACUACACACAGAUUAUCAACACUUGUGGUACAACAUCCCAUCUAUGGGUAUUCCCGAUUUAAGCAGCCAACUACUAUCACAAGGAAUAGAUGCCUUAAACAACAACCCGUCCUUUACCCUAUCAAAUACAUCAACAACAACCUCUUCUAGCCAUUCAAAUCAUCACCAAAAUAAUUUUUAUUCGAAUUAUCCCCUCCAUACACUACCUCAAUUGCCCCCUCAUCUUCCCUCUUCUACAACAAAUAAUUAUUAUAAUGGUGAUAAUUAUGGAGCUUAUUAUGGAGCCAGUUUCCAACAAACUUUUUUAAAUAAUUCUGCAACACCUUUAAUACAUUAUAAUGAUGGUGGAGGUGGAGAUAAUGGGGGAGGAGGAGGAGGAUUGUUAAUUGAUGGAGGGAAUAGUAAUAUUAGUUUAGCUGUAGUUGAACCAAAUGCUCUCCUCAAAGGCUACUUCCCCGAUUCAAUCCAACAACCAUCAACAUCAGAAUCUUCAUCAGAAGAAGACAAUAUUUCAUUACCUCAAAUUCAACAACAUCAAAACAACUUUAAUUCUAAUAAUUGUGGACAGUCAAGGAAUAAUAAAAAUUAUAAACGGCCUCCCCUUUAUAAAGCGGCAAACAAAGUUAAAAAACUGAGUGAGUUGAGAAUUUAUUUUAAAAAAUAUGCUUUGAAACAUGCUUCUGGUUUUUUUAAAAAUGCUUCUGAUUUCUUAAAAAUGCUUCAGGUUUUGUGA